CAUAACACACACAACUCAUAGCUGAAAAUCAUUUUAGUUUAGUUGCUUUCAAUACUUUGGUCUUGUUGAAGGAAUAUAAAUUUUAAGAAAAACAACAAUUUGGACACGCAAUAAGAAAUUCAAAGGAGAUUUUCGGUUAGUUUCGAGUUCGAUUGUGUUACCCAGAAGAUGUCUUCACAGUUCGGUGUGGGAAAGUGCGGAGGCGAAGGCUCUGAGACAAACGGAGCGGCUGCUGUUAUGAAUUCUUUGACUAGUGAGAUAAGCCUUGACCUGAAGCCGUCUCCGAAGCAGACAUGCAUUCCAUUGCAUCAGCGUCAUCGUUUGGUGAACUCUGAGACCAGUUUGUCUUCUAGUGUUAACGCGAAAAAAUUGGACAUCGAUAUGCCGGACAAGUCCUGGUCGGUAUUGUACAUCGGCACCAAGAAGGACAAGCAUUUAGAAUAGCGACUUAAAUGAAG